AUGUCAACCUCAUACUUUUUUGAACAAAUAAACCCUAACUCUACUUUUACUCCCACUCAAAACUCUUUUAUAAACUAUCGUAAAAACAACAAAUACCACGACGACUUGAACAGAUUUGGUAAAAUUCGUCUUAUGCGAAACAGGCGAAGUAAAUACGAUGUAUCUCGUAUCUUAGAAAAAAGUAAUCGCAAUAACACUGACGCAAACGUUUUGAACUUUGAAAAAGAAACAAAUCUUUCUCUUCGCCCAUCAAAAGAUCGAACUAUUUUUACAGAUGAUCAAAUGCAUAUUUUGGAAUCUGCUUAUAGACUAGACAAUCAUCCCAAUAAUAAAAAAAAAGAAAUUAUAGCUAACUUAUGUGGUUUAGAGCUUGAACGAGUAAAAGUAUGGUAUCAAAAUCGUAGAGCAAAAGAAAAAAGAAUGAAAGAAGAUGAGUUAGCAACUAUAUCACAUAAAACAGAGUUGCCCACAAGUGCAUUAAAUGUUUGCUUGACGGAAAUUCAAAAAUGUUUAGCUAGCGUUUACGAAUCAACUAAUACAAUGGAGGAUCAAAUAGUAAAAAAUCUUUUGAAGGAAUCAAAUUUGACUGAACAAGAAAUAAAAAUUGAAAAUGAAGAUAUAAGUACAGAAAUGGAAGAGCUUAACCUUGUAAAAGAUCUUCUUGGGCAAGCACCUUCAAAUAAUGAAGAGACAGACACUCUGCCUCGUAUUGAAUCGUUUUUUUCACAGAGAGACGCAUUGCAAAUUUUUUCUCGUGAUAGUGCAGUAUUUGAACAAUACAAAAUUGAUUCAGAAAUUAGAGCACCAGCUUUUCCGCAGUCUUUUCAAUUUUCAUAUAGAACCUACAUAGAUGACAAUUUACAAGUUCCAAAUCGUUUGUGCCAUGAAAUAUUUGAGAAUAAUAUUAGCGAAGAUUUCAAAGAAAAAAACUGUAUUGGAUCUCAACAAUACUUCCAUCAAGUUUUGUAUCCAUGUCAGAAUAUUUGUGAUAUAAAAAACCAAAAGCAAUAGGUUUGCUGAAAAAAAAGACAAUACUUAUUAAAAACAUUU